AUGUUGCUGUGUUUCCAGACACAGCCGCCUAAGAAGCAGUCAAGCCGGAAGCAUGGCCCAAGUGAAGAUGCGGCCUCGGUAGCGACGAGUGCGUUGGUCACGAAGUCUAGGCUCCUGAUGUCGCGUGAAGACCGAGGAAGACCAGUUCGCCAGCUACUCAACUCCGAUAGCGAAAGGCUGCGAUAUGCUAUCACAAGCCCUGCCGACCGGAUACGAGCAGAGGUGGCGUACAGCAUCGAAGAGCUCAGCAUGCCGAUCUUAUCAUCACUUUACAUCACGAAUAGAAUAGGCUCAAGUGCUCUCUGUGAUGCUGCGGCUGCUGUGCUGGUCCAGACGCACCGGUACUCCCUUGGACGCUAUGAGGGCGUGAAUCGCAAAGCACCCAUUUUGCAAAGCUAUGCACGCGCAGUAACAGUAGCAAGAGCCACCAUAGCUUCUACUCACCCACAUGAUCUAGAGAGCACGAUAGCUGGCUGCUCACUCCUCGGUAUCCUUGAUUGUGUCCUCAGCAAGCACGAUCCAGAAUGGAAAGGUGCUUGGAAGCACUGGUCUGGAGCUCAGGCUCUACUGCUGUCAGUACCGGCAACUUCGAGCCAUAGUAUCUUGGUGCGUGCGGCGAUAUAUGGCUCGGCGGCGCUCUACUCGUUCAUCUGGCCAGUCUUUGCGGGGACUCCAUCGCCGUUUGAAGCUGAGCACUGGCUGCAAGCGCGCCCACCACAGAGUGACAGUGACCAGCAAGGCAAGCUCACGAGGUUGCGCCUGUUCAGCCAUCAGCUACACACCCGCAUGCCGCGACUGAUCUGUAUGUUACGACAUAUCCGAUCCAGCGACCAUGAUGUUCAGCAGGAAAAGCAGUACGACACUGCAAAGGCCCUGGCGGAGCAGCUUAUGAAGCUAGAGGCCCGAGAAGAAGAGACCCUACUACUACAUUGCAUCAAGGUUGUCCAAACUACCGACAGAAACAGUCGAAGAUUCACUCCGAUCUCCUUUCAAUUCCCGGACGUCAACUACCUUGACUGGGCUCUAGGCUAUUGGAAAGCCCGACUCGUAAUCACUAGGAUAUCUCGCAUCCUGACAGUCUAUACAGCGGAAGACUUGGCCAAAAGCUGCCACGAGCCACUAUUGAAGCUAGAGACUCUCAGUGAUCCGGGAAACGAUCUAAAGGCUGAGGAACUACGACUCGCCAAGAACAUCUUAUCCAGCUGGGAAGAUGCUCUCUCUCGUGGUCCUUGUGCCUCAAUAGGCAUGACGAACGCUUUCUUCAAUAUCUGGACUACGCUACAUUACCUUGAGAAACAUAGAGGAUUGCCAGUACUUGAGUACGGCGAAUGGAUCUUGCAGCAGUGGCCUCUGACAUGGUCUGGCUGGUCUAUGAGAUUGACGAUGGCGGAUCUAGAGGAGGCUAGCAGAGUUGUCGAAGGCGGUCCGCUUAGCAGGUGGGCUCUUGUGUCAUUAGCAGGAGACGGUGCACCUGCCAUGUUUGCCAUAAGGCCUGGUGUGCGUAAUUAUGAUCGUGCUCGCUUACAGCUUAUAGCUUCGAAAGACUUGCGCAUAUGA